UCCAACAACAUUUGUAAACUCCCAAAAACCUGAAACAAAUAUUAGAUACAAAAAUUCGUUAAUAUUUGUAAUUCUUUGUAAAAUUCUUUGUAAAACUUUACCAAAAAGUGCGAAAUGCCUUCUCAAAGUGUUAUCAACUCGUGCCCAGCGGCUUUUCCCAAAAUACUGAGCUUCCUGCUGGCCCAGCCCCAUCAGUGCUGCACUGUGCAGGAAAUGUUCAAGCAUGUCUUGCUGGGUGAACAAAUGCUGCCCCAAGUCAUCACAUCAUUCAGUAUCCUCCAGAAAGCUGUGCGCUCUGGCCUGAUGCUGGGCAUAUCCUUGGAGAUCUUUGCGGUGCAGAAUGGCAUUUUGCACAUGCCCCAGGGGGGCAAGCGUCCUGUCUUCCCAGUUAGGCUGUUGCAAAAACAGACAAAUAAAUUUUCUUUGGAGGCUCUUCGUCUUCGUCGUCGCCGUCGCAACCGCCACUAGACGGCGUCCCAUUCAAUCCUUUUUCCCAAUUUAGAUUUCGAAUAAACGUUA